CCGCAGGACCGGACCGUGUUUUUUGUUGGUACCACAAGCGAUUUUGUCUUGGCCCCGAUUGAAGCUGCAAACGUCCACUGGCCAAGAGUCCGCUGUCCGCCCCAUGUCGCAGUGCGAAAUCGAGUGAAAAUGUGUACUCCGGAUCGUAGCGUUGGCAGGUAUUAGGCAGGUGCCGCCAACACAAAAGGAUUUGCAUCAGAAGCCAGGAGGCUGUCCCGAGGAGCUCCGCCCUAUUUUGAACUGCUCUGCAGGUUGACACACAAAGCGAGAGAGAGGACGGGAAGGCAAAGGACGCGCAGGUGAGGUAGAUUGAGGAGGAGCACGAGACCAUGCCCAAAACAGUGCAGGAAUGCGGACAGCUUCGCCAGUAAACUAGAACCGCCAGCUAAUUCUUCCGAGCACUGCCAACAACAACAAGCGAAGACAGCAUUACCAACAAAAGCAACGAUCCUCGACCUGUCGCCACAAUGAGGGUGAGCGCGGGCGCGGACGUGGGCUACGAUGGCCACGACUAUGGCUCCGACGACUCCAUGGGCAUCACGCAUCUGGACUGGCCAUUUCUCAUCAAGGGCAUUCUGGAGGGUCAGACAUGCACACCGACUGCACCCGAACCACUGGCCGCCAUCCUGUGGGCCAUCUUUGCAGUAUUUGGCAUUGUGUACGCCUUGCUAGGGUACCGAUGCCUGCGUGCUGUCGGGUUCCUCAGCGGCCUAAUGGUGGGCGCCAAUGGCAUCUUCAUUCUACAGGACUUUCAGAUAACCUUCUUAGGUAAGCCGGCUGACUCGGCGCUGGCCAUCGUGGCGGGACUACUGGGUGCUGUCCUCGGAUCCACAUACCCGGUGGCAUCCGUCCUGAUCAGCGCCUUUGCCGGAGCCCUGCUCUCCGGUGCCGCUAUGGCCGUGUGCGUAGCCACCAUGCCAGACAACGAGUUCGGGUAUCGUGAAAUCUACGUGGCGGUGGUGGGCGGCGCUGUCAUCUGCUCGGUGUUGACCCUGUGUUGUGUCAAAUAUGUGACCAUACUCACCUCCAGCAUUGUGGGCACUGCCAUGAUCCUCGGCGCCAUUGACUUCUUUAUGCACGGACUGGAGACCAUCAGUUGGAUACUCAGCAUGCGGCCGCAUCCAACACCGCCUCCUUGCUACGGCGGCCUUUUGAUCGCCGCCUGGCCCAUCACCAUUGUGCUCAGCAUCAUGGUGCAGUGCUUCAUCACUGCCUGGCGCGUGGAUCAUCGCAAGCGUGUCUAUAUGCGGCACCACAACCAUCCCGGACAUGCUCAUGCCGCUCACCUGCCGAACAGCAGCCAACAGCAGGCGGGGCCAGGACAUACCCAUGCCCCUGUUCGACGUUCACAGUCUCGCACCCGGGAGACGCGUGAAGAGGCCAGGCAGCGCAAGUUCCGCUACCUCUACCAGGUUCGCACGGCCCGCGGCGACAUCAUAUCGCAGAAUUUUGUGUCCGCUUUGCAGAAGCGCAUCCAGCUGAGCGGCACUGAAACGCCCUCAGAGCGAUCCAUUAAGAGCAGUUCGAACGAGCGGAACACAUUCCGCAGCGACCGGACCCACUUCACCACCAUCCACGACCCCGACUCGGAGCUGUGCGACAAGAUCGAGAUCGUCCGUGACAUUGGAUAACAAACAAGCAAUAGCUACAUGUAACUAUACCCGUAAGGGGGCUACGGGCUGCGGUACUUGAACGUGGAUGGAUAAAAGGUCGGGGGUUUAGGCAGUGUCCUGGCAUGCUAGGGAACAGAGGCUCUAGAGAGUCUGGCGGAGAGUAGAGACAAGUACGGUUGCAUGUAGAAUUUUGUAGUUGGGGCACCAAGUGCCAAAAACUGGACAUGGAAGGUUGCGGACAGAUAGACAGAUAGACAUAUGGACAGAGUUAGCAGAGGAGUAGGAGAAGGAGAAGCUUUAAUGGAUCUGGGUCUGUUCUUCCAGCGGACAACUCUUCGAGAGGGAAAUUGUAGACGUAAGGGUACUACUCUAAUAUUGCACAGGUAGAAUCAAGAUUUCGAAUUCCGGAUACCGGAAGAUUUUGUUCUUCUCCACUUACAUAUAUUCGAAUGUUACUACAGACACUUACAUAAGCAUAUAGGAACACACGGUAGGGAUGAGUGAUGAGUGAUUUGAGGAUCACGGAUACGUUGUAUUCCUGCAACUGACACUAAGCCCAACUACUUAAUACUAGUUACGCUUCUCCACUUCAAAUAUCGCAAGGCACACGCCGCCAUUACUAAUCAGUUCAUAUCUGUGUUAUAAUUAUACGAUACAAGACCGGAAACGGAAGCGGCCACAUACAUACUUACAUAUAUCAGCAGCAGCUAGCGUUCUUCGUUUCAUUUCUACUAUCAAAUAGGACUAAGGAUUACGUUUAAAACUAUAUACAGACUCCCGGUGAACCCCAACACCCCCCCAAAGAG